AUGGCAACUGCAACAAUCAACCGUCCGCGUGACCCAAACACCUUAUCAAACUACAAUAACUGGCGAACCCUUCACACUUCUACAACACUUGAAAUUCUGUUUGAUCAGCAGAAGCUCCAGGGAAUUGUAUCUCACGACCUGCAAGCCAUUACGGAUGGUGAAAGCGAUGAAAUCAUCCUCGAUUCCAGCCACGUACUUGUCCGCAGUAUUCUCGCCGAGGGUAAACCGGCAAAAUGGGAGACAGCAAAAAGACUAGAGCCGUAUGGCAGUGCGUUGAAGAUCAAGCUCGACCGAAAGCCAAAGCUAAACGAGAGGAUUGAUAUCCAGAUUGAACUGGAGACCACGGAAUCUUGCACGGCUUUGCAAUGGCUCACCCCCGCUCAAACUUCCAAUAGGAAGCAUCCGUACAUGUUUUCCCAGUGUCAAGCCAUCCACGCUCGAUCUAUAUUUCCAUGUCAAGACACACCCGAUGUCAAAGCGACUUUUGACUUUAGCAUAAAAUCACCUCUUCCCGUCAUUGCUUCUGGACUUGGCGCCAAAGAGAACCCGACUUCUCCCUCUGCUGACGGAUCUUCCCAGCUGUACAAGUUCCAUCAGCGUGUGCCCAUACCAGCAUACCUUUUUGCCAUCGCCAGCGGGGACAUUGCAACUGCUUCAAUAGGUCCUCGGAGCACCGUCGCUACAGGCCCAGACGAGUUGAAAGACUGUACAUGGGAGCUCGAAGAGUCCACCGAGAAAUUCCUCCAGGCGGGAGAAUCUCUCGUCUACCCCUAUGCCUGGGGCGAAUAUAACGUCUUGGUCUUGCCACCGUCUUUCCCGUACGGGGGCAUGGAGAACCCAGUCUAUACGUUUGCGACGCCGACGAUCAUUUCCGGCGACCGUGAAAACGUCGAUGUGAUUGCGCACGAGCUCUCUCACUCGUGGUCAGGCAACCUGGUGUCCAACGCUUCGUGGGAACAUUUUUGGCUCAACGAAGGAUGGACGACGUAUCUCGAGCGACGCAUUCAAAGCAUCGUCCAUGGUGGUGAUCAGUGGAGAGACUUUUCUGCAAUCAUCGGUUGGCAGGCAUUAGCAGACUCGAUCAAGAACUUUGGCGAGGAACACGAGUUCACCAAACUGGUGAUUGACCUGAAGGGCAAGGACCCGGACGAUGCGUUCUCCAGCAUACCCUAUGAAAAGGGCUUCAACUUUCUGUACUACAUUGAAAAACUCAUCGGCAAAGAAGAGUUCGACAAGUUCAUCCCACACUACUUUGAGACGUGGCGCGGCAAGAGCUUGGAUAGUUACGACUUCAAGACCACGCUGCUGGACUUUUUCAAGUCGGAUGAAAAGGUUUCGGCCGAGCUCGCCAAGAUAGACUGGGACACAUGGUUCUACAAGCCUGGGUUCCCACCGAAGCCGAACUUUGACACCACUCUCGUCGACGUCGCGUACCGUCUCGCAGACAAGUGGGAGGAGUUCACAAAAGAGCCCAACCCAGACUUUGGCCCGAACAAGCUCGACAUCGACGGCUGGACGGCAAACCAGGUGGUCGUGUUCCUCGAGCGGGUCAUGGCGUUCAAGACGGCGUUGCCCGUUCCCCACGCUCAUCAACUGGGGUCCGUCUACAACUUGAAGGACACUCGCAACGUCGAGGUUUCGGCGCGGUACUAUCAGAUCGCAAUGGCCAGCGGAGAUCAGUCCAUCAAGGACUUUGUGGUCAAGUUGCUAGGACAAGUUGGACGGAUGAAGUUUGUCCGCCCGUUGUACAGGGGAUUGAUGAAGUUGGACUAUGAGACGGCGGUGGAGACGUUUGAGAAGAACAAGGACUUUUACCAUCCCAUUUGUAGGGGGAUGGUCGCGAAAGACUUGUUGGGGAGUAAGUAG